AUGGGCGCCGCCGGCUCUUCCGCGCUGGCCCGCCUGGGCCUCUCCGCGCCGCAGCCCCGGCCCCGCUGCCUCGGGGUCGCCGCGCUGGGACUGGCCGCGGUGGCGCUGGGGGCCGUGGCCUGGCGCCGCGCGCGGCCCAGGCGGCGCCGGCGGCUGCAGCAGGUGGGCACCGUGACAGAGCUCUGGAUCUACCCCGUCAAGUCCUGCAAGGGGGUGUCGGUGAAGGCGGCGGAGUGCACGGCCCUGGGGCUGCGCAGCGGUCACCUGCGGGACAGGUUUUGGCUUGUGAUCAACAAGGAGGGGAAUAUGGUUACUGCUCGACAGGAACCCCGCCUGGUCCUGAUUUCCCUGACCUGUGAGGGUGACACCCUGACCCUCAGUGCAGCCUACACGAAGGACCUGCGGCUGCCCAUCAAGACACCCACCACAAAUGCAGUGCACAAGUGCAGAGUGCAGGGCCUGGAGAUCGAGGGCAGGGACUGCGGUGAGGCCGCGGCCCAUUGGAUAACAAACUUCCUGAAGACGCAGCCGUACCGCCUGGUGCACUUCGAACCUCACAUGCAACCGAGAAAUUCUCACCAGAUCGAAGACCCGUUUCGACCCACAGAUCAGAUCCCGUACUCAGACGCCAGCCCCUUCUUGAUCCUUUCUGAGGCAUCGUUGGCAGAUCUCAACUCCAGGCUAGAGAAGAAAGUUAAGGCAACUAACUUCCGGCCCAAUAUCAUAAUUUCAGGGUGUGGUGUCUAUGCAGAGGACUCAUGGAAUGAGCUUCUUAUUGGUGAUGUGGAACUGAAAAGGGUGAUGGCUUGCUCCAGGUGCAUUUUAACCACAGUGGACCCGGACACGGGCGUCAUGAGCAGGAAGGAGCCUCUGGAGACCCUGAAGAGUUAUCGCCUGUGUGACCCUUCUGAACGAAAGUUAUAUGGAAAAUCACCUCUCUUCGGACAGUAUUUUGGUCUGGAAAACCCAGGGACCAUCCAAGUGGGAGACCCUGUGUACCUGCUCGGCCAGGAAUAG